AUGGCGUAUCAGUCCAGUAUAAAAGGUGUAGAUGACGACGAUGGUGAAGAUGAAGAUGGUGACGACGAUGGUAAUGAUGAACAUGGUGACGACGAUGGUGAUGAUGAAGAUGGUGACGACGAUGGUAAUGAUGAACAUGGUGACGACGAUGGUAAUGAUGAACAUGGUGACGACGAUGGUAAUGAUGAACAUGGUGACGACGAUGGUAAUGAUGAAGAUGACGACGACGAUGGUAAUGAUGAAGAUGACGACGACGAUGGUAAUGAUGAAGAUGGUGACGACGAUGGUAAUGACGAAGAUAGUGACGACGAUGGUAAUGAUGAAGAUGGUGACGACGAUGGUAAUGACGAAGAUAGUGACAACGAUGGUAAUGAAGAAGAUGUAACGACGAUUGUAAUGAUGAAGAUGUAG